UGGCGUCACGAUGGAUACAAAGUGAGUAAUAUUUACUUUAUUAGACUUAUGUGUGCUUACUUAGUAGAGGAUGGUAAUAUCAUAGACAAAAAGGAUUCUUAUCGUCGUCAAGAAUAAAAUAUUCUAAAAUUCGAAGGAUCACAAUAAUCUGUAAGCUUUUUCUAAAAUGAUAGAUGUUAAAACUGUUAUAAACGACGCACAAGAUAUUAAUCAUGAGCCAAGGGUACGAAGUGACAGUACUGGAACAGUACCAUCAACACCGUCAUCGUCGUCUGAUUACAUGACAGGAGAAGCAGAUGACAGUUCGGAUAGUAAAGCUGCCAUUCCAUUCAGUCUAAAGUCUGUAGAAACUAUACUGUCACUAUCAAAGUCAGUAUGUGAAGAAGAUCUCAAAGAAAUGGUGCAAAAAUGUAAACAAAUGGUAUUGGAAAGUGCAGAAUGCUCCGACGAAAGAAAAUGGCUUGUUAGGCGCUUGAUUGAAUUACGUUUGAGAGUGCAAGAAUUAAGAGAAGCAUCAGAGGAGAAUUCACUGCAGACUCGAGUAAUUUUAGGACAUCAUUUAGUACCACAGAAAUACUAUAUAACAACUUAUGGACCUGUAUACUGUGAUCAUUGUAGUGGAACAAUUUGGACUAUGCUUCAAUCAUGGUACAUGUGUAAUGAUUGCAAAUUUUGUUGUCACUGGAAAUGUUUAAGCAACAUAUGCAGAGUCUGUGUGCAUGUUGUUGCCAGUGAAGCAGGUGGAUAUACUUACACAAAAGAUAUUUGCCCUGAACAAGGACUGGCAAGCCAAGGCUAUCGAUGCGCAGAAUGCAAAGUGAAAAUAACAUUCACUUUCUCGAAGGGAUUAUCCUUAUCUUGUUUUGGCAGUCCACUCAAGGGUUCAGACUCAUCAUGGGUAGAACCACGACUUUGUGACUACAGCGGAUUGUAUUACUGUCAAAGGUGUCAUUGGAACACCGUAAUGGUAAUACCUGCAAGAGUAAUCAGAAAUUGGGACAUGGAACCGCGUCUAGUAUCUCGCGUCGCAUCCCAAUUAUUAACAUUGUUAGAAGAUCGACCUGUUCUACCCCUGGAGGAAUUAAAUCCAAAAUUAUUCACUUUGCUUCCAGACUUAUCUUUAGUAAAGAAAUUCCGGGAGGAAAUGCAACUGAUGAAGCACUACUUGGUUCUGUGCCCGGACGCGAACAACCAAGGUUUACCAUGGAAAAUUGGGAAACGUACACACAUGAUUGAAAACUCGAACAACUAUUCUAUCAAGGAUCUAAUUGAUCUUAAUAAUGGGAUUCUUCUGGAAGAGGUUCGAGCCACGUACGACACUAUGCACGCUCAUAUUACGGAACAGUGCGAAUUGUGCAAAGCACGGGGUCAUCUCUGCGAGUUAUGCGGCAAUGAUGAAAUUAUAUACCCGUGGGACGCAAGUUCCAUCAUUUGCCAUCAAUGCGCAGCUGUUCACCAUCGCGUUUGCUGGUCAAAACGAAAUCAUUCCUGUCCACGAUGCACAAGAAUUCAUAGUCGUCGCACCAUGCAAGACCAACAAACUUUAAAAAAUGAGGAAUCUCCUAGAGAUACCAGGCAGUAGAAGAACAUAAAGAAGAACAUACAGUUUUUCAAAGAAAAACAUAGAUCAUCGGAGUAAAUGCACUGCAUUAUAGUCCAGCUAAUUACGUAUCAGACAUUUGUAAUGCUAAAUAGCUAUACUGUCGGAUACAUGCGAACUUCUGAACAACACAAUGUAAAUAUGACAUUCUUGUUGAACCGUGUUUAUAAUUUUGCGAAGUUGAUGUCCUUCAGGACUAUCUAAACAGAUUAUAAUCUCAACAUUAUUGCCUUAUCUGCAAUACAAGUUUAUGGCAAUUGUUUUGUAAAAUAAAACUGAGUCAUGUUUCAUAA